UGGGGACGCCGUUGCGGUCAUCGCAAGGCCCUGGCACAAAGAUAUUCACACACUAGUGUACACUACACCUCCGCCGGGGAGAAAAAAAAAAAAAAGAGAGGUUAGAGCUGAGAGGUAUUCACCGUUAGUGCAGAUCAGUGGCAAAAGACAGGUCUCUACAGAAGAGCAACAUUUAUACCGACGUGUAAGCAUGGCCGACCUUGCGACCUCUCCUUGUUUUCGAUUCGUCUUGGCUUGUCCGCCUCCCGUGCUUGGGUUCGACCUCCAUCAAGCUUAAAUAUCCACGGCCUCGCUCCUACCCAAAGCUUGAGUCCUGAUCUUGAAUUCCGUCAUCCCUCACAUUCCAUCCCAUUGUCCAAGAUGGCGCCUCCAAAGUUCCUGGGCCUCUCAGGCCGACCGCUCUCUCUAGCUGUCUCGACUGUAGCCACCACGGGCUUCCUUCUCUUCGGCUAUGACCAAGGUGUCAUGAGCGGCAUCAUUACCGCCCCCGCUUUCAACAACUUCUUCACACCAACCAAAGACAACUCGACCAUGCAGGGUCUCAUCACUGCCAUCUACGAAAUUGGAUGCUUGAUUGGUGCCAUGUUCGUCCUCUGGACCGGCGAUUUGUUGGGUAGACGCAGGAACAUCAUGGUGGGCGCCUUCAUUAUGGCUCUCGGUGUCAUUAUUCAGGUUACCUGUCAGGCUGGAUCCAACCCUUUUGCUCAGCUGUUCGUCGGCAGAGUCGUCAUGGGUAUUGGCAACGGCAUGAACACUUCGACCAUUCCCACUUAUCAAGCCGAAUGCUCAAAGACAUCGAACCGCGGUCUUUUGAUCUGCAUUGAAGGCGGUGUCAUUGCCUUUGGUACUUUGAUUGCUUAUUGGAUCGACUAUGGUGCAUCUUACGGUCCCGAUGACCUCGUUUGGCGCUUCCCCAUCGCUUUCCAGCUUCUCUUCGCCAUCUUCAUCUGCGUCCCCAUGUUUUACCUUCCCGAGUCGCCCAGAUGGCUCCUCAGCCAUGGCCGGACCCAAGAAGCUGACAAGGUCAUUGCUGCCCUCCGUGGCUACGAGAUCGAUGGUCCCGAGACCAUCCAAGAGCGCAACCUCAUUGUUGACUCCCUGCGUGCCUCUGGAGGUUUCGGCCAAAAGAGCACUCCCUUCAAGGCCCUCUUCACUGGCGGCAAGACCCAGCAUUUCCGUCGUCUCUUGCUCGGUUCCAGCUCCCAGUUCAUGCAGCAAGUUGGUGGUUGCAACGCCGUCAUCUACUACUUCCCCAUUCUGUUCCAGGAUUCUAUUGGCGAGUCCCACAACAUGUCCAUGUUGCUGGGCGGUAUCAACAUGAUCGUCUACUCCAUCUUCGCUACCGUUUCCUGGUUCGCCAUUGAGCGUGUCGGUCGUCGUCGUCUGUUCUUGAUCGGCACCGUUGGCCAGAUGCUCUCCAUGGUCAUCGUCUUCGCCUGCUUGAUCCCCGACGACCCUAUGAAGGCCCGCGGUGCCGCGGUCGGUCUCUUCACUUACAUUGCCUUUUUCGGUGCCACUUGGCUUCCCCUCCCCUGGCUCUACCCCGCCGAGGUUAACCCCAUCCGCACACGUGGAAAGGCUAACGCCGUCUCCACCUGCUCCAACUGGAUGUUCAACUUCCUCAUCGUCAUGGUCACCCCCAUCAUGGUCGACAAGAUUGGCUGGGGAACUUACCUCUUCUUCGCGGUCAUGAACGGCUGCUUCCUUCCCAUCAUUUACUUCUUCUACCCCGAGACUGCGAACCGCUCGCUCGAGGAGAUCGACAUCAUCUUCGCCAAGGGCUUCGUCGAGAACAUGUCGUACGUCACUGCCGCCAAGGAGCUGCCUCACCUCACUGCCGAGGAGAUCGAGUCCUAUGCCAACAAGUAUGGCCUCGUCGACCGCGAUUCCAACGGCGAGGGCGGCAACCGCCAUGACGAGGAGAAGACGCGCGACCGCCCCGACCAGAGUGACAGCGACUCCCCCGCUCACGUCGAGAUUGAUGUUGUCGACGAGCACGGUGUCGAGUCCGGCUUCGGUGAUGGUAUUAACACCAAGGAAACACGUUAAAGAGCUGGAGAAAAUCUUUUAUCAUGACUUGAGUGGUGUGGGGAAAAAGAAAAAGAAAAAUUGAGGCGGUGAUUGAUUGGGAUAUGCAUAUGAACGACGAAGGAUGACGAAGAGACAGAGGGUUUUAACGACCACAACCCUUCUGUGAUGAUACCCGCCGGGUUUUUCGGUUUUUUCUUUCUUUUCUUGUUGCUGUUGGAAUCUGUUCAGUGAUGAUUUUUGACGAUUCCCAGCACCAUCAUGUUUUGUGGUUUACUGGCGCCGUCUGCGCGGCCUUGUUAGCUGCUUUUCUUUUCCUUUUGCACUUAGCAUUAUACCUCUGGCUUGAUGGUUCGGUGUAUAAAUACCCUCGCAUAUACCCAUGAAAGUCGAGUGCUUUGGUAGAUAGAUGGACUAGUUAUAUGCUAGAUCUUUUGUAUCCCAUUUUGAAUAAAAAAAAAUCAUUAUAAAAU